AUGACCCAUCACAAGAACGUCCCACAGUGCCUAUAUGAUUUUAAGCUACCUAAACUGCCUUUGCACCUAUUUAAAUUGAAUGCAUUGUUCAAUAUUGGGUGCACCUUGGGUACACCUUUGAAGGUUGAUGCUGCUACUUUUAAUAAGGCCAGACCAGCCAGUACAAGAAUUUUAGUGGAAAGGGAUGUUACCCUUCUUGAUGUUAAGAGAAUUUGGAUUGGGGACACUCAGAGUGGGUUUUGGCAAGAAGUAAUCAUGGAGCAAAGACCACAUUAUUGCCAACAUUGCAAAAUGUUUGGACAUAAUAGCGAGAGAUGCUAUAUGUUGAAACCCCCUAAUAGAAGGGUUUACCAACAACCUCAGCAGGAGUUGGAUGAUGCCAACAUCAAUCUCCAGGAAGUUGGAAACAAAAAAGUGCAAAAGAAGACCACUACUGCUGCAGGGACAGAUGAGUCUCUCGUCCAAAAGUAUUCCUCCUGUGUGGCAGGGACAGUUAGAAAUGGUAGCAAUGUUGUUGGUCAAAUAUCUACAAAGGAUAAUAAAUUGGAGAUCCAAUCAGAGGUUGAGACAAUGGGGGAGGAGAUACUUGCCUCCCCAUCUCCCAUAAAUGUAAUGAACCAAGCGGUGGAUUUAGUGGUGGAAUCCCCCAGCCAGAAACUGGUAGAAGCUAUGAACAAAGAGUUGGAGUCAGAUUGGCAAAUUCAGAAAACUAAGAAGAAAAAGAACUACAAAUCAGAAGGACAAGACCUUGGAAAAGGAAAGGAGCUUCGGAGAUUGGAGGUUCAUAUCAAUCAGAUAAAAAUGGGCUCUAACAAAAUAAGAGGGAGGACUAGGUCCAGGUCCCAUCCUUAUUCUUCUCCCCCUCUCCAUGAUUGA